AAAAAAAAAAAACCAACAACUUAGCGGAAACUUCUCAGAGAAUGCUCCAAAACUCAGCAGUGCUUCUGGUGCUGGUGAUCAGUGCUUCUGCAACCCAUGAGGCGGAGCAGAAUGACUCUGUGAACCCCAGGAAAUCCCGGGUGUCGGCUCAGAACUCAGAAGUGGUUCGCUGCCUCAACAGUGCUCUGCAGGUUGGCUGUGGGGCUUUUGCAUGCCUGGAAAACUCCUCCUGUGACACAAAUGGGAUGUACGACAUCUGUAAAUCCUUCUUGUACAGCGCUGCUAAAUUUGACACUCAGGGAAAAGGAUUUGUCAAAGAGAGCUUAAAAUGCAUCGCCAACGGGGUCAGCGCCAAGGUCUUCCAUACCAUCCGGAGGUGCUCCACUUUCCAGAGGAUGAUUGCUGACGUGCAGCAAGAUUGCUACAAGAAGUUGAACAUGUGUAGUAUUGUCCAGCAAAACAUCGAUGCCAUCACAGAGGUUGUCCAGCUGCCCCAUCAAUUCUCCAACAGAUACUACAACAAACUUAUUGAAAUGCUGCUGGAAUGUGAUGACGACACAGUUCAAACAAUCAGAGACAGCCUGAUGGAGAAAAUUGGGCCCAACAUGGCCAGCCUCUUCCACAUCCUGCAGACAGACCACUGUGCCCACCCUAGAGGUGACUUCAACAGAAGGCGCACCAAUGAGCCCCAGAAGCUGAAAGUCCUCCUCAGGAACCUCCAAGGUGAGGAGGACUCUCCCUCCCACUCCCACAUCAAACGCACCUCCCAAGAGAGUGCAUAACCAGGGAGAGGUGUUCACAGCCUCACCAAACUAGUAUCAUUUUAGGGGUGUUGACACACCAACUUUGAGUGUACUGUGCCUGGUUUGAUUUUUUUUUUUUAAAGUAGUUCCUAUUUUCUAUUCCCCUUAAAGAAAAUUGCAUGAAACUAGGCUUCUGUAAUCAAUAUCCCAACAUUCUGCAAUGGCAGCAUUUCCACAAACAGAACAUGUGUGAUCAUUCUGCCUCUCCUCAGGAGAAAGUACCCUCUUCUAUCACCUUCUCCCACCAUGCCUUCUCCCAGCUCCCCUCAAACUAACCUCAAACACACAAAAAAGUUCAUGUAAUUCCCCCAGCCAUUGUAAUUGGAAGAUGCGGAGCCCUUUAGAAUGGUUGUCCCAGUAGAGUUAGCUGAUAAGAAACAACUUUAUUUAAAUGCAUGUCUUAAAAUGCUCAUAAAGAUGUUAAAUAGAAUUCGUGUUAUGAAUCUGUGCUGGCCAUGGACGAAUAUGAAUGUCAUGUUUGAAUUCUUGAUCUCUAAUGAGCUAGUGUCUUAUGGUCUUGAUCCUCCAAUGUCUAAUUUCCUUUCCAACACAUUUACCAAAUUGCUCAAGCCUGGCUGUCCAACCAGACUUUGAGCCUGCAUCUUCUUGCAUCUAAUGAAAAACAAAAAGCUAACAUCUUUAUGUACUGUAACUGCUCAGAGCUUUAAAAGUAUCUUUAACAAUUGUCUUAAAACCAGAGAAUCUUAAGGUCUAACUGUGGAAUAUAAAUAGCUGAAAACUAAUGUACUGUACAUAAAUUCCAGAGGACUCUGCUUAAACAAAGCAGUAUAUAAUAACUUUAUUGCAUAUAGAUUUAGUUUUGUAACUUAGCUUUAUUUUUCUUUUCCUGGGAAUGGAAUAACUAUCUCACUUCCAGAAAUCCACAUAAAUGCUCCUUGUGGCCUUUUUUAUAACUAAGGGGGUAGAAGUAGUUUUAACUCAACAUCAAAACUUAAGAUGGGCCUGUAUGAGAUAGCAAAACCAACAGGUUUAUCUGAAGGACCCCAGGUAAGAUGUUAAUCUCCCAGCCCACCUCAACCCAAAGGCUACUCUUGACUUAGACCUGUCCUGAAAUAGCUCGGUCACAUCCACCUGGGAAUUGCAGGAAGCAAAAAUAGCAUCUCUUUGGGCUUGGACACUAACAGUGUGAUAAGGCCCACCAUGCCUCGGGAAGUGGCAGUUCUUGACUCGCCACUUUUAUCAGUGCCUGGUACCCUGGCAACUGAUGAAGAGGUAGAAGACUUUCCAUAAAAAUCAAUCAGGAAUGAGUCAAUAAGCCUUUGGGUCUUUAGUCCGGGGGCCUUGGGGCUGAGGGAGUAUAAAUAACCCUGGGCUGUCCAGCCUUAAUAGAAUCCUCUUACAUUUUUGUCCUGUAGCACGCUGCCUGCCAAAGUAGUCCUGGCAGCUGGACCAUCUCUGUAGGAUCUUUAAAAAAAAAAAAAAAAAAGAAAAAAAAAAAAAAAAAAAAAAAAAAAAAAA